ACGGGUGUGAUGGUUGUGAGCGCCAUCUGUUGGCAGUGUUGUUGAGGACGCGGCGCGUGGACCUGACGACCGCUGCCCCUCCUGUAUCUCUCUAGCUCUGUACCCGGGUCUGUACUCCUUGUUACAGCUCUAUACACACCUAACCUCGCAUCUGGUGAUCCCCCGUCACGUCACGCCUUGAGAACAGGAACUGUUCUUAUUUAGUGGGAAAAUGGAAAAAACAGCAAGAGGAGGGAAAGGUACUGUGAAGAAAAACAAGAAACAGCCAGAGGUUGUCGUAGAAAAGGAAGAGAUGGACAUACAAGAACAUGAAGAAAAUGGUGAAGAACAGGAUGAGCAGGAUGAACAAGUUGAACAGGAGGAGCAAGAUGAACAAGAUGAGCAAGAUGAACAAGCUGAACAAGAUGAGCAGGAUGAACAGGAUGAACAAGAUGAGCAAGAUGAACAGGAACAGGAACAAGAUGAACAAGAAGAAAUGGAGCAUGAUGGAGAAAAAGAUGCCAAAGAUCGGUAUGGCUACACGAAACGAGAUGAAUUUACAUCGGAAAAUUUUAAGAUUGAACUUCGUGGUUUACCUCGUUAUUAUUCUGUGGCUCAAUUGAAGAAGCUUCUGAAUGAAACACUGCAGCUGAAGGCCCAUAAAAUCAAGCCAGCUGGACCAGGCAAAAAUUUGGCUUACAUAAACUUCAGAGAUGAGAAAGCAAAGCAGAAAGCUAUGGUUGUUCUGGAUGAAUAUGAAUGGAAGAAAUGUACAUUUAAAGUAGCAACUGCCAAACCAGUUGAGGAUCCACUCGUGAAGCAUAAGGAGGAAGAAGAGGAGGUAAAAAAGAAAAAAGAGUUUGACCCAGACAGUGGACUUAGUAUGGCAGAGAAAGUUGCAAAGAGCGUCACACCAUAUGCACAUUUGCCCUAUGAAGAACAGCUCAAGAUCAAGCAGAAGGAAGCUCUACAUGUGUUGCGGAAAUUUGGAACCGAACUAGCUAGAGUCAACCCAGAACUGGUUGAUUGGGUUCACUGGCAAAAGUUGCGACGACAAGGGCAGGUGUGUGAAGUGGAUGACAUUGUCCCUUCACCAAUCACAAAUGGUUAUCGUAACAAGUGUGAAUUUACAAUUGGUAUCAACCCGGAGAAUAAUUUGCCAACUGUUGGUUUUCGUGUUGCAAGUUAUAAGGAAGGCUCGAUGGAUGUUGCUCCAGUCGAGCAUCUUUGUCAUCUUUCUAGCCAGAUGAAGAGAGUUGUGAAGGAAUUUGAGACAUACGUUAGAGAUUCAGGACUUGCACCAUUCAGUCCUUUAACGCACGAAGGAGUCUGGCGUCAGCUGAAUGUAAGAACAUCACGGAACGGUGAUAUUCUUAUUGUCCCCGUGAUCCAUCCUCAAGAGAUGAGCAGAGAGGAAUUAGAUGACCUGAAGAAGAAUAUUGUCACAUACUUUACUGAAGGGCCUGGACAGUCAUUGGCAAUAACCUCAAUUUUCUUCAAAGCAUAUGGACAAAAAGAGCAAGGUGAAGAGGAAGAAUAUGAACAUUUAUGGGGUCUGGAAUAUAUCACUGAAAGUAUUCUUGACAAGAAAUUCCGUGUGUCCCCAGAUGCUUUUCUACAGGUAAAUACAUCUGCUGCAGAGUUUCUGUAUGACAAAAUUGGAGAGCUGGCAGAACUGGACGGCACAUCAGCUAUUCUGGACAUCUGCUGUGGCACUGGCACAAUUGGCAUUUCUCUUGCAGAUCGGUGCCUAAAAGUAUAUGGAAUAGAGUUGGUUGAUAAAGCGGCUGAUGAUGCCCGCUUUAAUGCAGAGGAAAAUGGAAUGGAUAAUAUAGUUGUGUUUACUGGAAAAGCUGAGGAGAACAUGCAAGUGCUGGUGCAAAACUGUUCAAAAGUCAACGUUGUGGGUAUUGUUGAUCCUCCUCGUGCUGGCCUUAAUGGUAAUGUUGUGUUUGGCCUUCGUAAGUGCGACAACAUGAAACGUCUGGUGUAUGUAUCUUGUGAUCCCACUGUUGCUUCCAAGAAUUUUAUCAACCUGGGAAGACCACAGAGCAAGCAGUAUAAAGGUGAAUUCUUCAUACCUCUAAGAGCAAUACCUGUUGACCUGUUUCCCCACACCCCUCACUAUGAGCUGGUCAUACUGUUUGAGCGGUGGGAGGAGCGCAAGUGGCGUCGGAUAAUGGAAGGAAACCCACUUCCACGAGAUGAGGAGUACUUCAAACGCAUUCCUCAGAGACCCAGACAGGGACAUGAUUUCCAACAACCCACAGCUGAACCCACUGGUGGAUAUGGUGAAUGGAAGACUGUAUCGACAGUUGACAUGCGCCGUCAGGCCAACCCAAGGUUCCAGCCAUACCAACAGCCUCGUCCUCAGUAUAAUCCACCAAAGUUUGAUGUCGGUUUCAGUGAACGUUAUGAUGAACCUCUUCGUCAGGGUUACAGUCGCAGGGAAGAUUUGAGUCCAAAUUAUGGACGAGGAUUUAGCCAGAAUUAUAAUCGCAGCUAUGAGCAAGAUUAUGAUGAUCCGCGUAUGGAUGAUCCACGUAUGGAUGACCCACGUAUGGAUGAUCCACGUAUGGACAAUCCACGUAUGGACAACCCACGGCUUGACAUGCCACGUCGUAAACCACUGCUUGAGAGCCCACUUCUUGACGAUCCAUGUCUUGACAACCCACGUCUUAAUCCACGCCUUGAUAAUCCUCGUCUUGAUGAUAGACGUUUUGGCGACUCAAGAUUUGACGAGAGGCGUUAUGACACCCGACGUUUUGAAGACAGGCGUUUUGAUGAACCACGCUACGAUGACCCACGAUUUGAAGGUAACUCGCGUUUUGAUGAACCACGUUAUGAUCGGUACUUCAAUCAAGGAUUUGAUCAAAGUCGAAGGCUAGGCUUCAGGAAAGAUGAUUUCAGAUACUAGGUUCUGGUAUAGUGGAUAUAAGAAUCAUUGAACUUUUUAAGUUUCUUAGGGCAUGCCUAUCAAGGUAACUUCAAUAGAUGUUGGCCCUACUAAUCCUAAAUGUUCUUUUUACUUUAAAAUUCAAGUACUGUAUUUGUAAAAUGUCUUGAGCAUUGAGCAGUAGAAAAAAAGGGCUAUGUGAAAUCAUAACUUUAAAGAUUAGACCAUUGAUCCAAUGAAUAUUUAAGAAUUAAACAUCUGUUUAUAGAGAAUUAUACAUUGUAAUUAUUCAUAUAGCAUUGAUAGAUAAAUUGUUUGAGCAAUCUACUGAAUUUCAACCAAAAGCAAGGAGCCUGGCCUAAUCUCUUAACCCUGGUAAAAUGUUAAAAUUAGGCCUAUAUUGGCUAUUAGGAAGAGCGGUACUUUCCAGCUAGGUCUAGACCCAGUUCUGGCUAUUUAGUAUCAUGUAUAUUACACAAUUUCAUUUUGUAUCCGAAGGUGGAUUUGAAAGUGUGAAUGCCAGACAUGUGCUCGUGUCAUUUAGGCUAUUCCUAGGAACCUAAGUAAAUGAAGUACUGUAGUACUUUCAUGAUAUAAACAUCAAUUUAUGACAGGGUGAUGGAGGGAAACCAGUUUCACUUGUGUGGAGCUGCCGUGAUGCUGAUAACGUAGGUUGGAUAACAGGUUGAUAAUUUUGGUGUCUCAUGCUUAGGGUUACUUGUGCUUGGUUGGGAGAGCAUCGGUGUGACAUUCACACACAUUUCAGCCUUUCCUUGCAUCCUGGCAAAUAGUAUUGUUCAGGAUAUUUUGAAAUUUAAGUAGUGUGUGUUUUUACAUGUAUAAUUAUAUACAUAUACACAUAUAUCAUAUAUAUGAUUUUCAUAUACACAUUAAUAAUAGUACAUGUGCAAAAUUGAUUGUUGUAAAGUACACAUUCGUUUAUAGAUUGUAAAACUAUAAUUGAAGUAAAGAUGUUUGCUGUAGAAAGCUUUAUAAAUAUUUGUUCUUCAUAAUUUUUAGAAUUUUAACCAAUAUAAUUUUUAAUUAUGAUUCCAAAUUUUCACCUGAAAUUAUUAUUAGUGGUAUUUAGAUAUGUAGUUUUCACUGAAUUCAAGUUAGCGGUAGAAUAUUAGUUUGAGAGAGUGUACAUUUAUGUAACUAGAUUGACUGGAAUUGAAGUUUACAGAAGCAGCAUAUUUCCAGUAGGGGCAAGUCUUUGCCAUCUUGUUUACUAGCAGGCAAAAAUGUACAAUAUAAAUGAGCAAAAGUUUCAGAUUAGAAACUUGUUAUGCAUCACAUGCCAUGAAAACUAUAAAUCAUUGUAUUUGAUAAUACAAGAGCUAGUAUAUUAAUCUUUUUACCAAAUAAGGAAUGAAGGUAAGAUUUAGAUUGCAAUUGUUAGUAGAAAUAGACAUUGAAGGUAUUGGUGGUGGAUUGCAGACUGCUAAACAAUGUCAGUUUUAACAAAAAGCAAAAGGCUCUAGGCUGAGCCCCAAAUAAAUCAAUAGUCAGUGAAAUGUAUUUGUUUUUAUUAUACUGUACAGUAAGUACUUCACUUCUGUAUCAUACAAUUAUCUGGGUUAUUUUCAACAACUUUUGUAAUAUGUUUUGUAAUGUUCACACAGCAUACAAUAGAUAAUGAACAGUUUAAA